AUGUCCACCCCAGCUCAAUCUACUACCCCACCAGGGCAACUCGCCGCUGAAUCUUCCAGUGCUUCAUCGUCAAGUUGGUAUAGUGGGAACCUCUUGCCUGUCAGUCCAUUCGAUCUGCCGGAGACUAGAGAUUUGGUAUCUCAGAAGAUAGCUUCUGGUGAAAUAACUCGAAAGGAUGUGGAGAUCAUGGAAAAAGGUUAUAGGUGGAUGACAUAUACACCACCUGCCACAGCAGUAUCAUUCUCUUACCUCAUUUGGCAACUCAUGAAGAAGCAGUACCCUCGACCUCACAUCGCGACUCGAUUGGUAUGGGGUGGAUUGGCAGGUGUAGCUGGUGGUUUGAUAGGUUUCGGAGCGGCUGGUUUGGCAGCUAGUAUGGAGGUUAAUGAUAAGAUCGAGGAUGGUGAUCGCAAAGUACAAGUGUUCAACCUGAUCACCGAACACGCUCGUCAAAUACAAGAAGCCAAACACAACCCGGUCCUCGUACCUGCUCCUGUCCAAGCUCCAGCAUCCACAACAGCGAUGAAACAGGCCAGAGCUCAAAGUAAUCUACCUCGAGAUUUCGAAUUCCCACCUCAACGUCAAGCUGCCGAGAGCCUCGAGUACUCCAAGGGAUCGAUAAGGCUCGCACAGGAAGGUCAAUCGAUUUGGGGUAAAAUGAAAGGUUGGAUUCCUGGAUUUGGCGGUGGUAAGGAGUAG